UUUCCGGUCCUAAAACAAGACCUCUGUCCUCUACAACCAUUCAAUUUCUGUCAAUACACAACAGCCUCCUCCCCACAAUAUAACAGCUUCCCUCUUCACCUCAUCCCCAUGUCUUCAUAAGCAGAGCCUUGUGCUUGCCAAUUCAGUGCUCAUCCAAUGGCUCCAUCUCUCAUCACAAACAAGCCCUCAGGCGGCUGCCUUCUCUUCUUCCUCCUAUUCUCUUCAUUCUCAGCCCUCUCGUUCGCCUUAACCGAUGCUGAAGUCGCCUUCAUAGCUCACCGCCAGCUCCUGGCUCUCCCGGAGGGCGGUGACCUUCCUGAAAACUAUGUGGUUCAAGUGGAUGCCAAGCUCAACUUUGAAAACGACAGGCUCAAAAACGCUUAUGUUGCUCUUCAGGCCUUGAAGAAGGCCAUCUUCUCCGACCCUUUUGGCUUCACAGUCAAUUGGGAAGGUGAAGAUGUUUGCUCCUACAAAGGGGUCUUCUGUGCACCGGCGCUUGACAAUGAAAAACUGACCGUUGUGGCCGGUUUGGACCUGAACCAUGCCGACAUUGCUGGCCAUCUCCCUGUCGAAAUGGGGCUCUUGACUGAUGCUGCUCUCAUCCACCUCAACUCCAACAGGUUCUGCGGCAUUAUCCCACGGAGCUUCAGGAGACUGAUACUUAUGCAUGAGUUUGAUGUCAGCAACAACCGCUUCGUCGGCUCCUUCCCUGUGGUGGUCCUCGAAUGGCCUAGUUGCAAGUACCUUGAUCUCCGGUACAACGAUUUCGAAGGGGAGCUGCCUCCAGAGCUUUUCCACAAGGAGCACGACGCCUUGUUCUUGAACCACAACCGAUUCACAUCAAUAAUUCCAGACACCUUGGGGCACUCCACGGUUUCUGUAGUGAAUUUUGGGUUCAACAACUUCACUGGUUGCAUACCACGAAGCGUUGGUAACAUGAAAAAUCUGAAUGAGAUUAUUUUCAUGAACAACCAACUUGGUGGCUGCUUCCCUCCUGAGAUUGGAAACCUUGGAAAUCUGCAGGUUCUUGAUGUGAGCAACAAUGUGUUUAUUGGUUCCUUCCCAAAGACCUUCUUGGAGCUCCGCAGCAUAGAGGAAUUGGCUGUUGGGUACAACAGGUUGACAGGGUUUGUGACUGAAAAGAUUUGCUCCUUGCCUAAGUUGGCCAAUUUCACAUUUGCUUACAAUUAUUUCAGUGGAGAAGCUCAGAAAUGUAUGCCAAAUCCCAAACUUGAGGUGAACUUUGAUGACACGGGCAACUGCAUGCCCGGCAGGCCCAAGCAAAAGAAUACCAAGACUUGCUUCCCUGUGGUUACUAAGCCAGUGGAUUGCAGCAAGCAUUGUGGUGGUGGUUCUUCAACCCCGGAUAAGCCAAAGACACCAAGGCCUCAACCACCUCAGACACCAAAGACUGAGAAGCCUCCAACCCCCAAGGCUGAGCCACCACCGACACCAAAGGCGGAGCCACCUCCCACGCCUAAAGCCAAGCCACCUCCCACGCCAAAGGCCGAGCCACCACCCACUCCAAAGGCUGAACCACCACCCACUCCAAAGGCCGAGCCACCACCCACACCCAAGGCCGAGCCACCACCCACUCCCAAGGCCGAGCCACCACCCACACCUAAGGCCGAGCCACCACCCACACCCAAGGCCGAGCCACCACCCACGCCAAAGGCCGAGCCUCCUCCCACGCCCAAGGCCGAGCCACCUCCCACCCCAAAGGCCGAGCCACCUCCCACGCCCAAGGCCGAGCCACCACCCACGCCCAAGGCCGAGCCACCUCCAACACCAAAGGCCGAGCCACCACCAACACCCAAGGCCGAGCCACCCGAAACACCCGAGGCCGAGCCACCCCAAACACCUGAGGCCGAGCCACCUCAAACACCAGAAGUCGAGCCACCUCCCACACCAAAGGCUGAGCCACCACCGACACCGAAGGCCGAGCCACCUCCCACACCAAAGGCCGAGCCACCACCGACACCAAAGUCCGAGCCACCACCGACACCUAAGGCCGAGCCACCUCCCACACCAAAGGCCGAGCCACCACCGACACCAAACUUAUCUUGUGUUUAUUGCUAA